AACACAACUACCAACUCCAUACGUUACGUGGAACCUCGUUUAUCCAGACAAUACAGAUCUAGAGUUGGUGAUAGUAACGAGUUACAACACUAUCACGGAAAUGGACAGUUAUAAAUUCUUGCCACAGGUAGUGCUUCUUGCAGUCAAAGACCUAUGCGCCUUCUCUUUCUGCUGAAGCGUUUCGUCUACUUCAUCUGCUGGAGUGUGUCAGUCCAGUAAUUACCAGUUAUUGCAUUGUGGAUCUUGGGAUGAAGGAAAGACGUCGAUAGGCUCGCCUUGGAUGAAGAUCUGUAGACUGUGUUCUAGAACCACGGACAUUCUGACUGAUUCUAAGAAAUAAACCGAUUCCUGAGGUCAUGGAAAAAGGACAGAUCGUUACCCACGCAAAGAGCGACAGCAGUCGUGUAGUCCUCAACAACAGAGUAUAUGAGAAUAUCUCGAACGCAACCGUAGGCACUUCCGCCACUGAAAUCGAGAAUCAUUCCGCUAAUGCUUUUACAAAGCGGAAAAACCUUCGCUUUGAGUCAGGUCAAGAUGCUCUGGUGCCACGACAAUGUCGCAAUGUGAACCAGCGAGAGCAAAUUCUUUUUAACACGCUGGAGAAACAUCUGUCCCGUCAGCAACAAUCUGCGUUGCAGAGCCAAGAUCACUCCAUGCAGAAGUACAGACAGCGCCUCGCCGGAUACGAGCGUCUGCGCAUGCCCGCGGAUGAAUCGAUAAAUGGGAGUUGUGUUGGCGCGUCGAGUGGCAGCGAGGUUGUGAUAGGUAGUGAACGGCGCCCCGGGAGCAAAACAAUCUCGGGGAUAUCAACACAUGCGUCGAUAUCGACGUAUGCUGUGAAACACGGCGACCAAUCAAUAGCCACCGUUGAUGUAAACACAGAAAAGGAGGCUGGGCCUGAUGUUGUGACCAACGCUCCUGCUGAGAGAGCGCCGAGUGUAUAUAACACAGCCAACUCGACACGUGCCAGUCAGUCUAACGAUUUGGGCGGAAGGAGUGUAUCACAGGAUUUCAGAGGGAAAUUACCGAGUCAGAAAAAGUCGAAGUCGUUCAGGACUUUGGAGUCCGUAGUAAAGAAGAUCCACUCGCAAAAGAAGAUUGGCCUGAAAAUCAGCAUGCUCCGAGCACCAGAUUCCUCCGGUUGCACGUCAACAGAUUCUAACCUGUUGACUGUGGAUGAUAACAACAUGAGGCCUCGAGCUUACACAGACCCGACAUCCGAUGGCAAGGGGAAGAUGGCAAUUAAGCUUCCCGAGAUUACCAUUGAAGACUGUUCGGACCCUGAAGACAAGACGAACAGUGAGGUAGAGAUGUUCUCCGGUUUCUCCCAACCACGCCGCAGGGCGAACACUUGUCCGGAAGAGUUCUUUAACAGACGACGGAAGGGUAGGCCACCAACUCCCCCUCCAACAUCCAGGAACAGCAGCCCAAACAACAAAUUCACUUUCGGGAGCGCCAGGAGCGCCAGCAAAAGUCCCGUGUCAUUCGUGCACCACAAACUGAGUAAAGUUUUCGAAGAUGGCGGCGAAGCUCCCAGUGGCGGGAACGUGUCAAAAAAGUCGUCUGCUCGUAUGAGCAAGCAGACGAACGUUAACAGACGCAGUUCCUUCAACACCAUGGCUAGCCUUAGGGCUGGUCUUGCCUCCAAAUUAACUCUGACAGAAUCGGAGGACGAAAUGAGCAGAGGCGGUGACAUCCCUCCACCCAGGGCGGGAAACGGACCGUUUGCUGUGACAAAGCCCGAAGCUUCGAGGGCAAGUGACAAUAACAAGAUCUCGGGAUAUAAGUCUCAGGGUCAGGAAGUGCCUGACGUAUACUCUGCCAAGGAUUGCCGCUUCUCGCAGAAAAUAUCACCAACGUUGGACGGGAAACCCCUGCAGGCCUGCUAACGCCACUUUCGCCAUGACAUUCAGGUUUCCAUAAUAUUCACCUCACAGCAUCUCACGGUACAGACUUACAGAGGACUGUGUGCCUACAUGGACAUAAUGAGCGAUAACUAUCAAGGCAAAUGAUUCAUCAACGGCCAUUGACAAUUACAAAGCUUUUGAUCUUGUGACAAUCAACACUUGUACACAUUUGGAAUGGGAAAGUCCCGAACAUGGAUGUAUCGUUUUAUUCUGGCGGUGAGUGCCAUCACGAAAACACUUACAGUUGUACAUAUUUGUAAAUACCGCUGUUCCCAAUUUCCUUCUGAUACAUUCUAUAUUUGACUGUGAUAUUUCACUUCAUAAGCAAUAUUUCUCUGCAAGCUAUUUCCGUUUGAAUAAUCACCAUGCCAUGUCUCCCAAAUCUCAUUUAUACACUAAUGUCCGCUUUUAGUUCAAUUUGAUGACAUUGGGGUCACUUUCCCGCUUCAGUCGGUUUGGCCUGGUCUAUUAACGCGGAAUUGUCACGCUGAAUAGACCAAUAGAUGUUGCCAUGGGAACGAACACUCUCUCCACCGAUUCAUAUCCCUGACUCCCCGAGGGUAUCUUGGGGGUGGGAUGGGAGGGGCGGAGUUCGUGCUGUAGGUUGAUUAGUUGAAUAAGGUAUGUGGAAGCGCAUGGACAUCAAUGUAGAAUAAUGUCAAGCGUUGUAGACUUAUAUCAUUUUCAUUGCUAUUUACCAUAUAUUUCCACAUUUAUGUUUCCACUGAUUGAACUUUGGAGUAUUCGAGACAGCAGAUGAUCAAUUACUUAUCUGUUCUCUGUAAAGUAAUCUGUCAAUCUAUAAAUCGUAUAUUACCAUUUAAUUAACCGUCAUUAUACUCAUCCCUUGGGCGUCAUUUGGUUGAUGCAUAUCAUCGUGUCCUAAUUGCGUGGAUCGAUGCUCAUCAUGUCAGUCACUGGAUUGUCUGGUCCAGACUCGAUUAUUUACAGACCGCCGUCAUAUAGCUGGAAUAUUGCUGUGUGCGGCGUUAUACAAAAAAACAAACAACACUUAUCCCAAUAGAGAGAUAUGUGGGACGAUGGUUGAACUUUAAGAUAAGCAGUACGUUUUUAAUGGGUUUUUUUCAGAUAACAGGGUCGGUGGGGUAGCCUAGUGGUUAAAGCGGUCGCUCGUCGCGCCGAAGGCCUGGGUUCUGUUACCACAUGGGUACAAUGUGUGAAGCGGCGAAAAACCAUACUCACUCACUCAAUUAACAGAAGUUCAAAUUAUCGAAACGUGCACAUCUAAAGAGGCGACAUUCUGCCUAAACCAGCCUUUAAAACAUAGCAUGACCUGGGUCCUUUUCACGAAGCAAUCCUAGCGCUUCGACUCCCGUACGUCUAUGUUAAACUAUGUCAGUUACCAUUACCUUAACGCUAAGGUCGUUGUGUGAAAAGGGGCCCAAAUCCUUUGAUAACGAUCUUGCCAUAUUGAGAACAAAUAUUGUUUGGUUCAUCUUUGCCAAUGUAUUUAAGUGAUGGUAAGAUGAUAUGGGUCUUUAUCACCAUGGCGCUUGUCAAUGUAGUUUAGAAUAAUAACGGUAAUAAUGUAUUGACCUUUCCUUGUAACGUUAAUCGCGGAAAUAGUGUACAUCCAAAUGUCAAUAAGCAGUCCCAUUAAGUACAACGUCGGCUUCUGUCCAUGCUAUGAGAGAGAAAACAAGCUUAUGUUGUCAUAACGGCCUGUGUGUCUCAUACAUGGGCAUCGGUUAUAACAAGUAUUGAUUAUAUGACACAGUAUAUUGGGAUGGUGGAUGGGAGAGCUGUAGGAUUUUCAAGACUGUAUAGGUGGCGCGUAAAACACGCGAAUUUUGCUAAUUUUGUUUUAAAAUAAAUGUUUUUGUUCUUCAUUUGACUUUUCAAAACUUAUACUGCAUGUAUCAAUGCUUGUUUGUUGUUUAACGUCGCACUCGCAAUAUUCCCGCUACAUGACGGUGGCCUUUAAAUAAGUGAGUCUGGACCAGACAAUUCAAUGACUGAUAUCAUGAGCAUCGAUCCACGCAAUUGGGAUACGAUGACAUGCAUCAACCACGUCACCGAUCCCGUUAGUCGCCUCUUACGACAAGCAUAGUCGCCUCUGGGUUGCUGAAGACCUAUUCUACCCCGGAUCUUCACGGGUAGCGUGUAAAAAUUAUAGCUAUCACUGUAUAAACACACGUUUGUUAAGAACAUAUUGACCAUGUCCACAAAUCCUGCAUAUUGUUUUGUUAUAUUUAAGUAUGGUUUAUAAUAAUCUGUCUGUAUAUGUCAAUCCUUUCUACGUGGGCACGGGUGGCUCAGUCUUCUGCAAUUCGUUGUGCAGUGUUGCGCCCCUUGAGCACGCCAGAAUCAUAUGAUCGUGGUUUCGAAUCCCGAAUUGCCGUGAUUAUAAUCUAGGUUUGUCAGCA